AGAACUCAUAGUAGCCAUCUUAGCUAAGGGCAAAGCCGAAGCCCACAAGCUUUCAAGCUGAAAACGAAGUAUUGUGACAAUCAGUGUAGCACAUAAUUACAGCCGCCUGCUGGUGCCGUAGAUAUGCAUUUCCUUCCACGUCUUGGAAAGCACUUUAAUGGCCAGUAACUGUAAUAGUGUUUGUACGAGACUGCACGAGGUAAUGUUGUGACCUAGGUGGACCUUCAAGUAGAUUACAAUGGUGAAAUUUAACAGCAAGCUUGUCAAGGGUGUGCUGGCACUUGAACUGGCCGGCGUCAUUGGGGCGUACCUGCUGUACUUCAGAAUGGAUUCAAGCCAAGAUUUCCGGCAUACAAUGAACAGGAGAUUUCCCUCAGUUUUAGAAGUUUACUAUAAAUCUAAUGAAUGGGCUGGCAAACAUGGAAUCCGGGAGCGAGAUGCACUUGCUUGGGAGACAAGGAAGAACUGACAUGCACCACCAAACCAUCUAAUAUCUGCACGGACAUCAAAAUACAUAUCCUGCAGAGAUUUAUCUUCUUUGGCGUUUCACCUCAUGGACUCUAUCGUGAACCUGGAAGUUGUUGCUAUUGUUAAGAUAUAAUUGAGAUUUCCAAUUGUAAUCAUCAAGAUCUGGAAGCUAGUUAUUGUAUCAGGCCGAAGUGGCAUUUUUGUAAAUUACAUUAUUUUUAACAUGCGUCUAUGGA